AGCAUCUGGAUCUCGGCGGCUCCCGGUGCGGUGUCUUCCCUUUCCCCUGUGGACUGGCAGCGGGCUGCAGACAACGCCGAGCAAAGUUAUUGAAGAACACUCCUGUGAGAUGAGGCCAGUUGUAAACCAACAGGCUGAUUUUACUUUGUAAAGAAUGAACUGGCUUUGAAUCAGUAACCUGAAGUUGGAUUAUAUCCGUGUUAAGGAAAUGGACACUGUAACACACAUUGCCAAGGAUGAGUUAGAAGAGCUCCAUGAGGCUUUUAAAAAAGUUGAUCUCAACAGCAAUGGCUACAUUAAUGACUCCGAACUCCAUGAUCUUUUCCGUGAAGCCAAUGUUUCAUUACCUGGCUACAAAAUAAGAGAAAUCGUUGAGAACCUCAUGACCGAAGGGGACAAAGACAAAGAUUGCAGGAUCAGCUUUGACGAGUUUGUUUCCAUUGUUCAAGAUUUGAAAAGUAGCCAUGUUGCUAAAACGUUCAGAAUGGCCAUCAACAGGAGAGAGGGCAUCUGUGCCAUUGGUGGAACAUCUCUUCAGUCCAGUGAAGGAACCCAGCAUUCUUAUUCAGAGGAAGAAAAAUAUGCAUUUGUUAACUGGAUAAAUAAAGCCUUGGAGAGUGAUCCUGAUUGUAACAGUAUGCUGCCUAUGGAUCCCAAUACAGAUGCUUUGUUUACAGCUGUUGAUAAUGGCAUUGUACUCUGCAAAAUGAUCAACCUCUCUGUGCCGGAUACAAUUGAUGAAAGGACUAUUAACAAGAAAAAGCUCACAGCAUUUACUAUUCAGGAAAACCUGAAUCUUGCUCUGAACUCUGCCUCUGCCAUUGGCUGUCAUGUUGUCAACAUUGGUGCACAAGACCUGAGAGAAGGAAAGCCCCAUUUGGUCCUCGGACUUCUGUGGCAGAUUAUCAAGAUUGGGCUGUUUGCUGACAUCGAACUCAGUAAAAAUGAAGCGCUGGUUGCUUUGCUUCGUGAUGGGGAGAGUCUGGAGGAUCUGAUGAAGCUGUCCCCUGAAGAGCUGCUGUUACGAUGGGCUAAUUACCAUUUGGAGAAUGCAGGCUGCCAGAAAAUCAACAACUUCCACUCGGAUAUCAAGGAUUCGAGGGCUUACUAUCAUCUUCUGAAUCAGAUUUCACCAAAAGGCAAUAAAGAAGGAGAAUCAUGUAUUGACAUCAACAUGUGGGGCUUGAAUGAGAAAGAUGACCUGAAGCGGGCUGAGUACAUGUUGCAGGAGGCAGACAAACUGGCCUGCAGACAGUUUGUCACGCCAGCAGAUGUUGUCCAAGGGAACCCUAAACUGAACUUGGCUUUUGUAGCUAAUCUGUUCAACAAAUAUCCAGCGCUUCAGAAGCCUGUAAAUCAAGACAUUGAUUGGAGUCUGCUGGAAGGUGAAACACGUGAAGAAAGAACCUUCCGCAAUUGGAUGAAUUCGCAAGGUGUAAAUCCAGCAGUGAAUCAUCUGUAUAGUGACUUGGAAGAUGCCCUCGUGAUAUUACAAUUGUACGAAAAAAUCAAGGUCCCAGUUGACUGGAACAAAGUGAACAAGCCACCAUAUCCCAAACUAGGUGCUAACAUGAAAAAGCUGGAAAACUGCAAUUAUGCAGUUGACUUGGGAAAGGAUCGAGCAAAGUUUUCUCUUGUCGGUAUUGAUGGAAAGGAUCUGAAUGAUGGAAAUUCAACACUAACUUUAGCCUUGGUCUGGCAGUUGAUGAGAAGGUAUACGUUGAAUGUUCUUGAAGAACUGGGUGAUGGUCAAAAAGUCAAUGAUGAUAUCAUUGUCAAGUGGGUAAAUAAGACAUUGAAAGAGGCAGGCAAGAAAACUACUAUCCAGAGUUUUAAGGACAAGAAUUUAAGUUCAAGUUUACCCAUACUGGAUUUGAUUGAUGCGAUUCAACCUAACUCUAUUAACUAUGAGCUGGUGAAGACUGGGGUCCUUUCUGAUGAGGAUAAGCAAGAAAAUGCCAAAUAUGCUGUGUCAAUGGCUAGAAAAAUUGGAGCUCGUGUAUACGCCCUUCCAGAGGACCUGGUUGAAGUGAAGUCUAAGAUGGUUAUGACUGUAUUUGCCUGCUUGAUGGGCAGAGGAAUGAAGAGAGUGUAAAAUAACAUGCUGAAUUAUAAAGACAAAUGUCACCACAAGCAAGUGAUUGGCCUUUCAGAUAUUUCCAGGUUGAAAUAUGCUGUUGGCAGAACUAGUUUUGUUUUUCUGCUUUCCAAAACUAGAACAAGGUGCUUGGAGAGGAGAGAAUUGCAUAUAUUACUUUUCCCUGAUGUGGUAAUCCAUUAAUUUAGCAAGGUACACAAUGAAAUGCAUUCAUAUAUAUUAACACAGAAGAUGCCGACCUACUGCAUUAUAUCAUCACCAACAGGUUUUUUCCCCCCUCAGUUAAAGUACUGGUCAUAUAUUGUCAUUGGAUAUGGAUUAUGCUGGGCUUUCAUUUUAAGUUACUUUUAGAUUGGCUUUGAGGUGAUCGCUGUUGCAUUUGAGGUUUAUCAGAUGGAACUAAAUUUUGAACGAAAGCUAAAGAUCUCACUUUUACAGAUAUUAACAAUCACUGUUCUUUGUUAUAUUCCACAUAACUAACUUGUGAUUUUUUUUUCCCAAUGUUGUAUGUGCACUGUUCAUUGUGUAUAAUCUAACCCAACACUGCUACUUUUCAGUGUUUCAAGACAAUUUGCAGUAUAAAAGUUCCCUUUUUGUUUAAAAUAAAAGUUUCAAUGAAGGUUUUAGGCCAAAAACAUUCACUUGUUAUUUUUCCUCUCUUUAGUAAUGACCGACAUAUGCAUUUUCUGUAUGUAUUUUAUUUUUGGUAAAGAUUAUGUAGCCCUUCUAACUCUCCAUUCCAGAUAUAGUCUUCAGUACAUUCCAUAGUCCAAGUAAUUAUGAAUCGUUUUACUAUGUAUCUUGAUAUCUUUUAAAAUUUGCUUUUCUAAAAAACAAUCGCAUGAGAGAUCAUACAUGUUAUUUAAAAAUAUUAUGCAAUCAUUAUAUGCAGGAAAGUGCCAAAGUUCUUGUGUUUAGAAAACUGCAUCAGACUGAAAUGUGUUGGGAAAGUAGGACCUUGAAGGUGCUUUGGCUCAUCACCGGGUUCACAAAGCAGAAAAUCCCGAGAUCUUUGGGGUGUGUUUUAAAUCCUGGGAUUCAGAGUUUACUAAUCUAAGAUUUUAAUUGCUCAGCAAAGCUUUCAUUAAUAUAGUAUGGAAAUGGUGGCAAAUGGUUGAUGAAAAUAAAAGUUUUGAUACGUA